AUGAGCUUAAUGUCGCGCUUCACAUGCGGGCUCGUCGUCUAUGUUCGGGAUACACGAAGUACAGCAUGAACUUUUUGCCGGCAGCGUUUUUCGCGGCGACUGUUUUACUCCAAAAAGUCGACGGCAACACGACACAAACGUGCAAUGCAGGUGACCACAUCACUAGCCAUUUCAUGCACUAUCCGGAUGCUGAAAAGUUGAUAAAUCACUCGCGCGUUUUGUACUGCUUAGUCUACCACUCAAAGGAUGGGAAGAAAAUUCGAGAUGAAAUGCCCUGCCUGUGCGCGCGUGUGUCUUUCUCAGGAGGAAAGGGCGGAAGUCUCACGUUCUUGUACCAAUUCUCGUACAACAAAACACACAUAGCCACCGGGCUAUCAAUUGCGGAAAUGAACAGAACGGAUCAAGCUUUUAAACAAUAUAACGAGAUCAUUUUCAGUUACGUUAUUGAACAGAAACUUUACAAAGAGACAACCAGAAUCCUGUACACUGAUUACCAUACUUGUGCAGUUUUGAACUCAACACUGCUCGGCACAAUGCUCUGGGUCAGACACGACCUCCUAAUCAACGAAGCACCAAUGCCUUACUUGUGCACAGUUACGUACGAGCUUGCUGCGAGAGAUGUCCGUUACAUCGUCUACGACUGGAAGGAGUGUCCUACUCGCAUGAGUUACAACAAAAAUGCUGUGAAACCCAAGCGCACAAACAAGAAUAACGCCAAAAAGGAUUUGUGAAGACGUCUUUACCUGCAGGCAUGCACGCAUCAGCCAGUUACACUCGUCUGGAGAAGAACGUGUGAAAAAUCGCGCAUUUUUCAAUAAAAGUUACAAAUG